AUGGCCCAGCAUACCCCUUUCUCAACUCCAAGGGCCUCAAAUCUUGCUCAACUUGAAGACAACCUUGUUGAGAAUCUUUUAUCUCCUUUCACUCCAACUCCAAAAAGCAGGAAUCAAAUUCACCCUGACCCAGUUGAAGCCAUUCCAUUAACGCCGCAAUUCGAUGGCCCGAAGUUGCCCCUAGAUCUCGCCCUAAAGCAAGAACGGUUCCUCGCUAUUGCGGCCCGCGCUUACCAGGAAGCUGUGAAACUUCCAGAAACGCCGCCACCCACAGUGUGGGCGCCAAAUGACAAGAUGCAUUCAUACUACGAAUGGCUUCUCUAUAGAUUCGGUGCGGAACUACGAUCCAAUCUCCAGCGGCAAGGGGUCUUCGAUUAUUUGACUUUCCGAAAUGAAUGGCUUCGCCAUAGUCGAAGCAUUACCGAUAAUAUUCGCGCUGAAUGGGGUUUGCACCCUCUUGGUUCAAUCGCGGGAAUCCGAACUACUCUGAAAAACUGA